CUAAAACAGAGCUUAGAAAAACCCUAAGAGAAAGAAUCACUCUUUCCAAAAAUGGCGUAGGAAGAGAUGAUUGGUAAUAGAUAACGAUCAAGCUCCUGCCUUUCCAUCAUUUUUUAGCUAUUGGCGAUGUCUGCGGAAGUAGUUGAACAUGUAAAAUUAGCAGAAGAACGAGAUGAAGUGAGUGAAAAAGAGAAAGAACCGGUUCGAGAAAAUGAGCAGAGUAAGGUCAUUGAUGAUCAGAAUGGAUGUCCUGUUGAGGAGAUUGCAGUGAUUGACCUGACUGACCAAAAGCUACAACUUGGGAAGCAAUGUCAAGAAAAUGGUUCUCCAAUCACAACAUCUUUCUGCUCAUCCGGAGAAGGGAAAUGGGAAGAGACUGAAGAACAACAAGUUGAAGUGACUGAACGACAACUACAUUGAUUGUUGAAAAGCAGAAUGUUGUAGUACAGAAAUAUGGAGUGACCGAACAACAGAGAGAAGAUGGGCAUCAAAGUCAAGAACCAAUUCAAGAGGUACAGAAGUAUAAGGUCAGUGAAAAACGAGUUCAAGUGACUGAACAACAAAUGGAAUAUGGGCAGCCAAGAAUUUAUUCAUGAAGAACAGCAUGGUAAGAUGGCUGAAGAUGAAAGUGGAUUUCCAAUUCAGCAGCAAGGUGAAGUGAAUGGACAUCAGAUUCAGAUGCAAUGUCAAGAAUUUAUUGUUGAAAAUGGGAAUGUUGCAGUAGAGGAGUAUAAAGUGACUGAACAGCAGACAGAAUGUGGACAGAAAAAUCAAGAACCAAUUCAAGAACAGAACAGUAAGGUGAUUGACUAUCAAAAUGGAUCGUCAAAGCCAGAAAAUGAACAAAAAGAUGAAGUGAAUGGACAGAAAAAUCAAAGUCAAAUACAAGUAACUACUGAGAGUGUUGAUAUCCACAAUGUUGCAGAACAGACUCAUGAGGUGACUGAAGAACAAGAAACUGAAGUGACUGAACAACAGAGAGACCAUGGGCAGCAAAGUCAAGAUGAACAGAAUAGUAAGGUGAUCGACCGUCAAGAUGGAUAUUCAAAGCAACCAAAUGAACAGCUUGUAAUGAGCGUUGAAAAGAAGAUUGAUGCUAAACUGAAAUAUAAAGCGCCUGAAGAUCAAAGUGAAGAACCGUGUCAAAGUAAAGAACAGCGAUGUGAAGUGACCGAAGAACAUAUUGAAGGCAUUAAAAGACAAAUUCAGUUCCAAGAGGAAGUAGUUGAAGAGAUUGACAAGCUGACUAGACCAGAAGCACAGCAAGUUGAGAAUGUCUCAGAAUUGCAAGAGCAAAUUGAGUUAAGGAAGAUCCUUAAUGCUGGCAGUAUGCAGGAGUCAUUUUCCAAGAAGCAAGAGAAAGCUGCAGCCAUAGCCGUUAAUUCAACUCCUCUUACUAGUCAGAAACUGCCCUACCAUAGUUCAUCAACUUUCUCUAGGGAGAAUUGUUUAGAAUUGUUGAGGAUCACGCAUAAACUUCAGGAAAAGACACAUAGGGUGCAAGAAAGUUUGUUGGAUCUCUUGACCAUGAGAGAGUUUAGCCAUACAACUCCUAACCCUUUUAUGGACUUAGAGGAAAGAACAAUGCCAAUUGCUGGUUCUUGUGGAGAGAAGGAAUAUAUGGAUUGUCGUCUUCCGGCACAAAUGAAGCACCACCAGCUGAGGCAACUACGUCCAUGGGGUAAAAAGGCAUCUGAAUCUGAUUGCAGAGUAUCGAAUGAACCCAACUGUCAGGAACUUAAGCAGGAGCAGCAGCAAAGAGAUCCAGUACAGGAAAAAAGUCAGGGUGGUCGUAAAGCAUUUGAGUUGUCAUGUCAAACACAGCAACAGUCACGGGAACCAGCACAGCAGAGGGAGUUGCCUCCCGAGGGCCAGAGGCAGUCCAAAACUAAAUCGUUAGUCACUAUCUGUGGUGGAAUUAUCACCAAGAAGGAAUCAGGAUCCCCAGCAAUUAAACAUUGGAGUAACUGAAAAGCCUAAAAAACUGAAGAGAUCAGCAAAGAAAACAGGCCAAACACAGCUGCAGCAGAGGCAACUUAGAUCUCAAGGAAAAAUACUGUCUGAAUGUAAACAAGUUACAACUAGAUCUAUGGCAGGUUCAUCAUUGAUUUCAAGUACUGCAAGGUCUCAAGUAGAAAAGCUGGGAAUAGAAAAUUCAUCUCAAUCGAAGAAGCAACAAGCAAAUCACUGUAAUUGGCGAAAGCGGGGAACAUCAGAACCUACAACAAUGCCAAAUGCCAUUGGUCCAAUCCUCCCUUGCAAAAAAACUAGCAUUAGGCCGUCAGAUUGUAGAACUUCUCAGUACUCCUGAAGCAUGUGAAGAUGUAGGACCAACAAUCAUGGAUAAGUUAUCUCAACCGGUGGUGCAAAAUACAGAUCAUCAUGGUCAACAAAAGAUGUUGAAAUCCAAGCCAACAACAAUGGCAGAAAGUCCACAGCUCAAGUCAGCAUCAGUGGAAGAUCUUCCUCAAACAGCAAAAGAGUUGCAACAGAAGAAGCUGUGCCAUAUGAACUUGCGUUCAUGCAGCCAAGCUGCAUCACAACCUGAGCUUGUUGUAUCGAUGGCAAAAUCAUUGCCCUCAGAACACCAGUGUGAGCAGCCACAAGAAAUGAAGCAUCAAGGCCUACGGAGGCCUAAGUUGAAUUCACAAAAUCAGCAUAAUGGUGAACUUCAGCCCCCAAAGCAUCUUGAGCAGCCACAGAAACCAAGAGGCAGGGCUCCUAAACGAAAACUGGAUGUGGCUGCAAAUGAAGAUGUAUCAUUGCCUCCUAAGUAUCAGAAGCUGCAGGAUGAACCAGAAAAUCAAAGACAAGAGAGGCCUCCUAAGUUGAAAAGAAAUAUGGUUUUGGGUCUUUUUGCCGCAUCAAAAUAUGAACCUGCUCUGUCGAUGACAGACUCACUGUUCCUAAAGGUGAAUCCAGAUAUUGAGCAUCAUGAGCUGCAGCCCCAGAAGCAUCCUGAGCAACCACAAAAUCGAAGGGGCAGGCCUCGAAAGUUGAAUCCAGAUAAUGAGCUUGUGAAGGACUGCCACACCCAAAGCAACCUGAGCAGCCACAAAAUCCAAAAAGACAACGAGGGAGGCCCUGUAAGUUGAUCUCAGCGAACGAGCUGAAGCAAGAAAUGAGUAAGAAGGAAAGGCGUCAAAGCAAGCGACUACGGUAACUGAAGCUAUUUGUUUUAGAUCACUAUCUCUAUAGUUUGUUGGUUUCCUGGGUUUGGCUUGAUUGGAUUUGCUUCCUAUGGGAGUAGUAAGAUCCUAGUGAUGAUGGAAGUGUCAAAUGUUUAUGAUCUUUUUGCAAAGCAUCAUUAACUAAAUAUUCCAGACU